GAAAAGAUAGUCCAAAAACCGGAGUAAUUUAGUUUUUGCAAUUGGAUUUAAUAGUAAAAUUUAAUGUGUCGUGAAAAAAACUGAAAAUUUGGAAAUAAAUUCUUUUAAAAUAUAAACAUUUAAUGAAAAUUUCUUUACAAAUCAAGUUUUAAACAAGAAAAACUAAAAACAAAACAAACGUCGAGAAAACUUUCUUUUCAUAAUUUGUGUGCGUGUUUAGUAAAAUUCAAGUGAAAAUUAUUUUAUAAAUACAUUUGUGUAUAUGUGUAAAUAUAUAUUUUCUCAGUAAAAGUAUAAAUUUAUUUUAUAUAAGUUAUGCCAUUUAAAAAGAACAUGUCACCAAAAAAUGCGCACAUCGUCAAUUGAUUCAGAUGAUGAGGAUGAAUGUCUUCCAACAGAUCAUAAUGAAGAUGUAAUUGAUUUAAACCAAAAUAAGAAUUUAAAAGGAAACCAAACUUUGGGCAAAAUACAUGAAAAUGAUUUAAGAACUAGGGAUAUUAAAAUAAGAAUUGGAAAUAAAAGAAAAUGUCUUGGUAAUUCAUCAUUUCUAAUAAAAACAGAUGGAUUUUUAAAAUCAAAGAAAAAAAAAUUGCGACUCGGAAAAAACGAUAAUAUAAAAAACAUCAAAUCACUCGACAAUACUAGCAAUACUAGUUUUAAUAAAAAAAUUAAUAGUUUGGUGGAUCCAGCAGAAAAAUCUGAUGCAGCAAAAGAAAAUAGUAACGCAGAGGACAACAAAAAGAAAUGUGUUAUUUCCGAUGAUAUUAUAAUUAAGAAAGCACCAUCAAAGUCCUUGCAAAUAUCGUAUAAACGUGAUAAAAAGGAUUCAGAAUAUUCAUCAUUAUCAACAAACCAAUGCGAGAAAAACGCAACGCAAAAUUUUGAGAUAUCUGACGAUCAAACUAAAAGAAAUUUUGAUAGCUUAAAAACAAAUUGUACUCUUCACAACAAAUCGACUUUUCAAAGUCGAGUGCAGCAUUAUCAAAAUUUAUUAAAAAUAAUAUCUAAAAAUUCAGAAGUUAAUAACAAAACAGAAUAUUUUAAUUCAUUAGAUGAUGUUAGUGUUGAAACAAAAAACAAAGAGAAUGCAGAACUUUUAGAAGAAGUAUCACAAAAUCUAAAUUCUAAAAGAAAUAUUUUAAAAAAUAAAGAAAUUUUGCAUCACUUAAAUAAAAAUAUUGUUCAUAAAAAAGGUGUUUUAAAAGAUAAUUUUGAAGAACAUUUAACUGGAGAAAAUAUACAAAAUAAUAAAUUUUUAAUUGAAAGAGAAAAUUCGGAAAACGAAAAUAUCCAAGAGCAUAAAGAAAAUUAUUUAGGAAAAAAACCAUCGCUCAGUUUAACAAAAUUAAAGAGAUCGGCGUCUUUAUCUGAUUCAGUUCGAAACUCAAAACGUUUAAAAGAAAACAAUUUGAAUCUUGAAAACGAUAAUUGUAAAAAAAAUUUUAAAGAUAUGUCCGUAUACGACCGUCGAUCAACAGUAUUUGGCAUGGAUAAUAUUGGUGAAAGAACGAACAUUAGUAAUGGUUUACUAUCUCGUAUUUCAAACGAAGAUAAUUCUAGUAACAACCAAUAUUAUUCCAGUUCAUCUAAUUUAAAUGGCCAAUUGCCACAACAACAACCAACUACAAUAGCAACUUUAUGUAAUAUUGGAAACACUUGUUAUUUAAAUUCGGUAGUGUACACGUUAAGAUUUGCCCCUUUGUUUCUACAUAAUUUACAUCAUUUAGUCGAUGAUUUAUCAAACGUUAAUCAAAAUAUUGUAAAAUAUCGAGCUAAAAGUUCAUCACUUGGACGAAAUGUAUCUGGUUUACAUAUUGAAAACGCACGUAGCUGGAGUAGUAAGGAUUUAGCGUCACUAGAAUCUAAUAGUAUUUUAACUGGCAAUAGUGGUAUUGGCGGAAUAGGUUUAGGGGGUAUUGGAAAUUUUGGUGGAAAUAAUCCAGCAAGCGCUUGUGAUAAUCAAAAAUCCAGUCAACAAAUUGCAACGGAAAAAUUACAUGAAUUAUACCAGCAUUUACAUCGUAAUGAAAUGAAUGAUUCAACAGAGCCAUUCCAUGCAGAUACAUUCCUUCACGCUAUCCAGGAUGUUAGUGCAAUAUUUGAAGGCAAUCAACAACAAGAUGCGCAUGAAUUUUUAAUGUGUGUUUUAGAUAAUAUUAGGGAAACGUGUCAAUCUCUAACAAAAGCUAUUACUGAAUAUCCUGAUGUAAUAUCAAAUGGUUACGUCGGAAUUCCAGAGCAAGGUAAUGAAAACAAAACAUCAACCAGUGUUACAACACAAUCUAAUGUAGUUGUUUUACCAAAAGAGCCAUUACAACAAAUUAAUAACGUAAGCAACACAACUAACUUAAUGAAAACAUCAUUUUUUUCGAGAAAAUCAAAAAGAAAAGAUGAGGCUAAAAAUUCUAAAAAUAUUAAAACGCAAUCUAAAGAAUCAAAAGAUAAUUCGUCUUCAUCUAAUUUUUCUGCAUCAUUAGAUUCAACUGAUGCGAGUAACAGUAAUUCGGCGUUUCCUAGUAACUUACUAGGUACUAGUAUAUUGGAAAAUGAUAUUAGCAAUACUGGCAAUAGUGGUAAAAACAUUUCCACAGCACCAGGAGCAAUCAGCCAAAAAGAUAACAAAGAACAUUUAGCUGAAAAAAUUAAGAAAUUAGGAUUAGAUUUCUUCAGUCAAUAUUUUGAGGGAAUAACGGUUUCUACAACAAAAUGCUUAAGUUGUGAAACCAUUACCGAACAAAAAGAAACAAUGAUAGAUAUUGCAGUUCCUAUUUCAGGUUAUGAAAAUGCGGACUGCUCAGGAUCUUUUAUACAGAACUCAUGUAUUACACGAGAAUAUUUUCGAGGAGAAAAUAAAUAUCGUUGUGAACAAUGUACUGGUUAUACUGAAGCAAUACGUUCAAUAUCCUAUGAAGUGUUACCAAGGUUAUUAAUUAUUCAAUUGAGUCGAUUUUCUGGUGGCAUGGAAAAAAUAAACAGUUAUUUACCAACCCCGUUUACGUUACAGUGCUUUUGUUCGCAAUGUUGUAAAGCCAAUGAUGAAGAUAAAUUACAUAUAUAUAAAUUAUACAGUGUUAUUACACAUGUUGGUGCAACAAUGUCUGUAGGACACUAUAUAGCAUAUACAUGCUCUUUAGAUUGGUCAAAUGAAUACAUAAAUUGUCCGAAAGAUCGAAGGCGACAACAACAAACACAACAAUUUCAGCAACAACAACAGCAACAGAACAAACUGCAAAAUUUAAGCUCAUCUAAUAAAACUUCAUUUUCUAGUAAUACAAAUAAUUCUCACAUAAAUUUAAGCAAUGGAAGUAGUAGUAGUGGAAACGAAAAAAACAUGGGAAUUGUAAAAAAAUUAAUUUAUGGACGUAGUAAAGCGUCAAGUAGUGGUGAUAUGACAAAAAAUAUGAAAAAUUUAAACGGUAUUUCAUCAAGUACCAAAGAUAUUACUAAUGGUGUUGAAAAAUUAAAAAUGGGUCCCACAUUAUGUCAGGGACUUAAUUGUUGUGGAAUUAAAUUGCGACAAAAUAAUUUAAAUUAUUCUUCAAAUUCCUUAAAUAAUCUAGGCGCUAGUAGUGGAAUUGGUUCAAUAAAUUCUUCAUCAGUAUCAUCAGCAUCAAAUUUAAAUGGAUCAUAUGUUGAUUUAAUUGAUGACAUUAAUACAAAUGCUAAUUCAAAUAUAAAUUCAGGUCAUAAUAGUGGUUACGGUUCCAUGAAUGGAAGUCGAAAUUAUCAUCAUCGGCAGCAACAUCAACAUCAAAACGAACCAAUAUGGUAUAUGUGCGAUGAUGACAAAAUUAAAGCUAUGACACAAAGAGAAUUUGAAGAAUUAUUAUCACCAAAUCGUAAAAUUAUGAUUACACCAUAUUUAUUAUUUUAUGCAAGGAAAAAUUUAAAUAAGAACGAUAGCACAAAUGAUAUAAAUUCCGACUGUAGAAAUGGCAGUGAUGAGUAAUAAAAUAAAUUAAGAAAUUUAUUGUAUUUAAAAUAAGAUUAUUUAAAUAUUGAUUUUAUUUUUUUUUUUUUAAAUAUAAGUUUUUUUUUUAUGAUAAAUAUAUAUUAACUUAAAUUAACCAUUAUAUUUUAUGUUUUUAAUUUUAUUUUAAAAAUUUUAGCGAAACUUCCAAUUUUAAAUUUUUAUGCAUGAGAUUACAAUAUAUAAAAAUUUUGAAUUUAGUUAUUGCAAAACUCAAAUUUUAGGGGCAACUUUAUUUCAUUCUCAUAAUCAAUAAAUUGUAUAAUUCAUUUUUUAACACAAUAUAUUAUUUCAAUAUAUUUCUCACAUAUUUAAAUAUAUUGUUUACACUCCACUUAAUAUAAGUGUUUGUAAAGAAGUUUGUUUUAGAAUUAAAUAAGAAAAUGUAAUUUGUUUUGAAAAUGUAUUUUUUUUU